GAGGAUAAAAACGUAAAAUCGAUUAAAUGCGAGCUCAGAUAUCGGAGUGGUCUGGAGGUGGGUGGGUUGUUUCCUCACAAAGAAGGAAAAACAAACUUUUUGCUUACUUGGCGUACAUGGCGUAAAUCUUGAAGUUAAGAACUGGUAUGUCAAUCAUAAAUUCAGUUUGUUUGUGAGUUCUUUUUCAGUGAGACGAACGAAAAGCUGGGCGCUCUUAAACAGCACUUUGCGCGAAAUUCUGAAGCCAUGAGUCGCCUCACCUUUUCUUCUGCUGUCCGGUCUGGGGAUUCUCUACACGCAGUGUUUCUCCUUUGAAGAGACUGCUUCUUAGUCUGAUAACUGAAACUUGGACACUAACUUGGGCAAAAGUUUGAACUGAUAGAAGACAGAAUAAGGCUCCGUGGCUUUGCGCGUCGCAGUUCCGUUUGGGGAGGCUAGAGGUGUGACUCGCGCGGUGCCAUGUCGGGGUACCUGCGCUUCGUGAACCGCAAGCCAAAGCUCUCCUGAAGAAUAUGCGCGUAUCUUGAGCAGCUGAUCCAGCCUGUCAUCCUGCUCGAAAGCCAUGGCUUCGGAAGUGCUCUGCGGGCUCGUCUUCAGGCUGCUUCUCCCAGUGUGUCUAGCAGCCGCUUGUCUGUUCCGCUACAAUGGGCUGUCGUUCAUCUACCUCCUCUACCUUCUGCUCAUUCCACUUUUUGCAGAACCAACAAGAAGAACAAUGCAAGGUCACACAGGGCGCCUGCUGAAGGCCCUUUGUUUCACCAGUAUGGCGUCCCUGCUGCUCCACAUCUUCUAUCAGAUAUUCAUAAGCAGUCUGCUGGCAGGGAAUAGAAUUGAGGCCAACUUUAACUGUUCAGUGUGGGAGAAAUCCGUCCGGCAGCUUGGCUUUGGGAGUGUGGCAGGAGCCGAUGCUGGUAACGGCAUCCGUCUUUUCAUCCCGGAUGUCGGCAUGUGCCUGGCCAGCUUUGGCACGUUGAUCAUGUGCCGCAGCCUGCAGACGCAGCCGGAGCAGGAGCCUCGGUGUGACACUGGCCUCAGAGCAGCCAAUCAGGAGAAGUCGGAGUUGGAUGACAGCAGGAAGCAUGAACAAGAUGACGAGGAGCAAAGUGACCCAUCUAGUGAUGGAGAAGAGUUGGAGGAACCACAGCACAAUGCCAAGCUGAUGGUCUUUCAGAAGAUUGCAAGCGUGGCGUCUGCAGUCAAGGAGAUCAUUGGGGAUCUCAUUACAACGGCGGGGAAAGUCGUCAUAACCAUAUUACUGGGAUUAACAGGGAUCGUGCUGCCUUCCCUGACGUCACUGGUGUACUUCCUGGUUUUCCUGGGCCUCGGUACCUGCUGGUCUCUGUGCUGCUCCUUUGACCUGCUUGUCUUCAGCUGUCUCUGUGUGCUGAUGGCCAUCUUCAGCGCCGGUCACCUGCUCGUGCUCUAUCUCUACCAGUUGCCGGCCUUCCAGGAGCUUGUCUCACCCACAGACAGAUACAUCAGUCUGUUUGGUAUAUCCUCCAUCAUUCAGAGUGACUGUUCCAAGACCUGGAAGUUCAUUGUCAACCCCAGACUGGAGUGGCACCACUUUGUUAACCCCAUCAUGCUUCUGCUGCUUUACUAUACCCUCGCCACUUUAAUUCGACUUUGGCUCCAGGACCCUGUAGUUGACCCAGUGUGUACUGGAGGGGAGGUGAGCGGAGACAGAGAGACGCAGUGCCAGGAUGCAGCUGAAGCUGCAGAGGAGCAGAGACAGACGUGCAAAGGGCAGCACCGCAGCUUAGAGGGGAAGCAUAUGCUGGUGGUGACCUACAAUGCUGAAAAUGGUCCAGUGGGCUCAGAUCAUUUCUCCUCUUCUCAGUACAAAGUAGAUUAUACAGAUUCAGCACUGCUCAGGGGCACUAGCCUCACUGUCAUGGUCACAGCCUUCAGGUUCCUCAUGAAGCAGAGCUACAUCUGUGCACUGAUUGCUAUGAUGGCCUGGAGCAUCAGCUAUGUUAGCUGGCUGACCUUCGUCUUCCUGAUCUGGUCCUGCGCCCUGUGGAUGGUGCGUGACAGGCGCCGGUACGCCGUGCUCAGCUCGCCAUUCAUGGUGCUCUACGGCAACCUGCUGAUCAUUCUGCAGUACAUUUGGAGCUUGGAGCUCAUGGAGGGCGUGCCGGGGCUCUUCCUGAAGAAGGAGGUGCCCUUCCGGGAGCUGGCCUCUAAGAUUGUCUGCCUUCUGAGCUUCUGGCUACUGCUGAGACAAGCGCUGACAGAGAGGAGGGAGAAGUUACAGCAGGAAUCGGCUCUGUCUGGCAUCAAGGUAGAUGUCCCAGCAGAAGGGGAGGAAGAUGAAGUAAAUGCUCAAGAGAAGGAGAUUGUGCAGGUCCUGGGUAGCAUGGUGACGGCGAUGCUUGUGAAGUACUGGAUCUAUCUCUGCGGAGGAAUGUUCUUCUUCGUCAGUUUUGAGGGCCGGAUCGUCAUAUACAAAAUCAUCUACAUGAUGCUUUUCCUUUUCGGCGUUGCACUAUAUCAGAUUCAUUAUGAGUGGUGGCGAAGAAUUCUCAAAUAUUUCUGGAUGUCAGUAGUGGUGUACACAAUGCUGGUCCUCAUUUUGGUUUACACUUUCCAGUUUGACUCCUCAGUCCAUGUAUGGUCAAACGUGACUGGAAUGAGCAAAGAGAAGCUCGAGGACCUCGGCCUGGAGAAGUUCUCUGUGCCAGCGCUCUUCUCCAGAAUCUUCAUCCCCACAUCCUUCCUGCUCGUCUGCAUCCUUCACCUGCACUACUUUCAUGAGCACUUCCUGCAGCUGACCGACCUGAGGGGUCUGGCCGACCGGAAGCAAAGCACCGUUCACAGGCUGGUCCAUUUUGACGGCAGCUUGGAGGAUAUCAGCAUGAUGAAGUUGUCAUUAGGUCAGCCAAGGGAUAAGGAGAGCAUGAAGGAGAAAGAACUCCCGGAAGAAGGAAUGGGAGAGCACAAGGAGGAAGACCCCCCAGGGCGAAGCAAGGAAAGCGAAAGGCAGCAGUACAGGGAGGAUCGUAAAGCAGCCCUUGAAGAGGCCCCAGAUCUGAGGAACAAGUGGCGCCUUGUGGUGGACCGGCUGACCGUGCUCUUCCUCAGCUUCCUGGAUGGCUUCCACAAGCUUCAGCUCUUCAUCUGGUGGCUUCUCGAGCUGCACAUCAUCAAGAUUGUGUCAUCCUACAUCAUAUGGGUCUCUGUGAAGGAGGUCUCCCUGUUCAAUUUCGUUUUCCUCGUGAGCUGGGCGUUUGCUCUUCCGUUCAGCCAGUUCCGUCCCUUAGCCUCCAGUGUGUGCACAGUCUGGACCUGUGUUAUCAUUGUCUGCAAAAUGCUGUACCAGCUGACCUCUAUUCAGCCUGCGUCAUACUCCAAAAACUGCUCUAUGCCGCUUAAUUACACAGACGCGCAGAGGACGGAGAUGGAGAGGUCUCUGCUGUACAGCAGCCCUGUUGAUCCCGCCCACUGGGUGGGUCUGAGGAAAUUCUCUCCUGUGCUUGAGUACCUGAGGAAUAACCUGUUAAUGCUGGCGCUUUUGGCUUUCGAAGUGACUGUUUACCGCCAUCAGGAAUUCUACCGGCUAAGACACAACCUCUCAUCUCCUGUACCUAAGACUAUUUUUCAUAACAUCACGCGACAGCAUCUUGACAUUGGCAUUGUCAGCUGUACCAAGUACUUCAUAAAUUACUUCUUCUAUAAGUUUGGAUUGGAGACCUGCUUCCUGCUGGCCGUCAACGUGAUUGGCCAGCGCAUGGACUUCUAUGCCAUGCUUCACGCAUUUGCUCUGAUCGCCGUCAUGCAUCGGCGGAGGAGAAAAGCCAUUGCGAAGAUCUGGCCCAAGUACUGCUGCUUCCUGUCGGGCAUGUUGGUCUUCCAGUACGCUCUGUGUCUCGGGAUGCCGGCGGCGGCUUGCACAGACUACCCUUGGCGGUCUCCCUCAUCCACCAUGGACUCCAAUGUGAUAAAGUGGCUCUACUUUCCAGACUUCCAGACAAGGCCCAACCCCCUUUUCCUGCUCUAUGACUUUAUGCUCCUACUGAGUGCUUCCCUGCUGAGGCAGGUUUUUGAGGAUGAGAAGAAGGCAGCAGUGUGCCUGAUUGCUGGGGACAACAUAGAGAUCUGCAGGGAGCUGGAUGCUGCCACCUUCAGCCAGCACAACCCCGUCCCAGACUUUAUCUACUGCAGGUCAUACUUGGACAUGUUAAAGGUGAUCAUAUUCAGCUACCUCUUCUGGUUUGUUCUUACCAUCAUCUUCAUCACGGGAACCACUCGCAUCAGCAUCUUCUGCAUGGGCUACCUGGUGGCCUGCUUCUACUUUCUGUUAUUUGGGGGAGAACUUCUGCUGAAGCCCAUUAAGGAGAUCCUGCGCUACUGGGACUUCCUGAUCGCUUAUAACGUGUUUGUGAUCACCAUGAAGAACAUACUCUCUAUAGCUGCCUGUGGUUAUAUCAAGGCCCUGGUUGUCAAUAGCUGCUGGCUGAUCCAGCUGUUCAGUCUAGUCUGCACUAUAAAGGGCUACUCACGCCCUGAGCCCAGCAAACAGUGUGAGCUGCCCAGCGACGAGGCCGGCAUCAUCUGGGACAGCAUCUGCUUUGCCUUCCUGUUGCUGCAGAGACGCGUCUUCAUGAGCUACUACUUCCUGCACGUGGUGGCUGACAUUCGCUCCUCGCAGAUCUUAGCCUCCAGAGGAGCUGAACUGUUCCAGAUCACAAUAGUGAAAGCAGUCAAGGCCAGGAUUGAAGAGGAGAAGAAGUCCAUGGACCAGCUAAAGCGACAAAUGGACCGCAUCAAGAGCCGGCAGCAGAAGUCUAAGCGGGGAAAGGAGAGGAUAUUAAGUUUGGCUCAGGAAUCCCAGGAUGAAGACAAAGAGGAUGAAGGUUUAUUGAAGCGCAGGGAGCAGUGGUGGCGACCGUGGGUUGAUCAUGCUUCCAUGGUCAGAAGUGGAGAUUAUUACUUGUUUGAAACCGACAGUGAGGAAGAGGAAGAGGAGGAGGGAAAAAAAGAAGCACCCAAAAACACAGCUUUACAGCUUGUGUACCAGACCUGGAUGAUGAACUCUGGGGUGGCUAAAAAGGAAGGAGCCAGAGAGAAACAGAGAUUCUGGAAAGCAGACACCAGGCGAAACAAAACAAGGAAUGACAGAAAGGAAGCAGGCUGUAUUACAAUAGAAGUAGUGGAGGAUGACCAGGGAAAAGGAGGAGCAACAUCUGAUGGAGCAGAUUCUCUGAAAGAUAACAUCAUCAAUAGGAUUUUUACCACUGUGAAGUUCUCUUGGAUCCUUUUCCUGGCCCUGCUGGACAGUUUCACAAACUGGCUCAACUCAGUCUCUCAGGAGUAUAUUGACAUCUCCACCGUCCUGAGGAUUGAGCGCUGCAUGCUGACACGGGAGGUCAAGAAGGGGAAUGUUCCUUCGAGAGAGAGCAUUCAUAUCUACUACCAACAGCAGAUUCACAUCAAUGUGUCCAGGGAGUCCGGGCUGAACAGGCCUGCUGAUGAAAGGUCAGCAUACUGCCCCCAGAAGCUCAGAGAAGGACAACCUGGUUUGGAACUGGAAAGGCAGGAUUCUGCAGCUUCUCAUGAAAGCCUGUCGAGUGCCUUCACACAGGGCACCAUGCUUUUCUCUCGGCAGUCCACACAGGAAGAGCUCGAUGGAGGUGUGGAGAACGUUCCCAAAGACAGUGAAAGUGACCAGCCGAAGCUGCGCAAGAUGUACAGCGUGGAUGUGUCCGAUUCAGCUACAUACAGCGCCAGCAGUGAUCCCACCCCAUGCACGAUUCUGCACUCACAGCAGGACACUGCUGAUACUAAAGUAGAGGUGGAGCAUGAUCAAGACCAGCACUCGCCUUCUCAGGGAGAACUUUGCGUUGGGAGAGGAUGCAGAUCUGAGGGGCUCCAGGAAGCCCCCCGUGCCAGGACCGCAGACGAGAUAUCAGGCUGCGUGAUGGAAAAGUGCGGGCAGGAUGAGGCCUGUAGCCCCCAAGCAGAACACAAGCUCCCACUGUCCAGUCCAGAAGUGCCGAUUAUGGCCUUAGACCAGGACAUUCCGCCUUCCUACAAUAAAGCAGUUAGCUUCGACCGGCUUUCUGUUUGCUCCACUGAGGACAGGUCUGAGCAGAGAAGGGACAGCCAAUGCAGCCGGCCAGAGGACACCCUAUUGCCCCCGUUAACCCACGAGCUGACAGCCAGCGAACUGCUCCUCAAUAGGAUGUUCUACGACGAAGAGCUCGAGGAGUCAGAGCAGUUCUACCAGAGCCAGCUGCCGCUGCUGCAGCUCUGCUACGCUCUUUACAGUGUGCUGGUGGGCCACUCCGAGAUGGUCUGCUACCUGGUGAUCAUCAUGAACCACAUGGUCUCUGCCUCUGUGGCCACCCUGGUGCUGCCCAUCCUGAUCUUCCUGUGGGCCAUGCUGUCCGUGCCGCGGCCCAGCAAGCGCUUCUGGAUGACGGCCAUAGUCUAUACCGAGGUUACCAUUGUGAUCAAAUACUUCUUCCAGUUUGGGUUUUUUCCUUUCAAUCAGAACCUGGAGCUGGACAGGACCAAGCCGUUCCAUCCACCAAACAUCAUCGGUGUUGAGAAGAAGGAUGGCUACGUCCACUAUGACCUGGUCCAACUGCUGGCCCUCUUUUUCCAUAGGUCCAUCUUAAAGUGUCACGGCCUGUGGGAUGGGGACACGUCCCAGGGCGGCUUUCAGAGCAGGGAGCACCCCAGCCCCACCCCCAUGGCAUGGGAAGGGCCUCGCCGAUCCUUCACAGACAUUGAUGGUGGUGUCACCCCCGACUCGGAGGUGGAGUCAGAACCAGCCUGCGCUUGUUUCUCCAGUCCAGCUUCACCAUGCUGCAGCAGUUCCUGUACAGGCUCCCAGAUCUCCUGGCGGUCCUGCCAUUCUGCUGUCUCCAGGAGUGGCAGUGUGAGCAGCAGGCGAGUUGGCAGCCAGCUGAGCAUCUCGCAGAGGAGCCACAAGGAGCUGCUGCUGGACAAGCUGAGGGAGCGUCUCCUCAAAGCCAAAGCCAAAGCCACAAGCAUAACAUUUGAGAGGUACAUAGCAGUCUGGCAGUUCUUCGACAAGCUGAUCCACCCAGAAUACAGCGCGGUGACAGACGUGUACGUCCUGAUGUUCCUGGCAGACACGGUUGAUUUCAUCAUCAUCGUGUUUGGAUUCUGGGCAUUUGGGAGACACUCGGCAGCCGCUGAUAUCACUUCUUCUCUGUCGGAGGACCAAGUUCCUGAAGCUUUCCUGGUCAUGGUCCUUAUUCAGUUUGGCACAAUGGUUGUGGACCGUGCCUUGUACCUCAGAAAAACAGUCAUGGGCAAAGUCAUAUUUCAGGUCAUUUUGGUGUUUGGGAUUCAUUUCUGGAUGUUCUUCAUUUUGCCCGGAGUCACAGAAAGGCGCUUCAGUUUGAACACCGUGGCACAGCUCUGGUACUUUGUGAAGUGCAUUUACUUUGGCCUGUCGGCCUAUCAGAUCCGCUGUGGCUAUUCCACCCGCGUUCUUGGCAACUUCCUCACCAAGAACUACAAUUACAUCAACCUCUUUCUCUUCCAGGGCUUUCGUCUGGUGCCCUUCCUGAUGGAGCUGCGUGCAGUGAUGGACUGGGUGUGGACGGACACCACGCUCAGCUUGUCCAGCUGGAUCUGUGUGGAGGACAUCUACGCCCAUGUGUUUGUGCUGAAGUGCUGGAGAGAAUCGGAAAAGAGGUACCCGCAGCGCCGUGGGCAGAAGAAGAAGAAGGUGGUGAAGUAUGGCAUGGGUGGCCUGAUCGUCAUGCUGCUCAUAUUCAUCGUCUGGUUCCCUUUGCUCUUCAUGUCCCUCGUCAAGUCUGUGGCCGGAGUGGUGAACAAGCCACUUGACGUCUCUGUGACAAUCACCCUGGGGGGCUUCCAGCCAAUCUUUACGAUGAGUGCCCAACAAAACCAACUUAAGGAUAUGUCUGAGGCAGAGUUUGUAAAAUUCAUGAAUGGGUAUAAGUAUUGUCCUGGCGCAUUGCAGUUUCUGGAAGCUUACACAUCUGAUGAUGUCACAGUGGCUGAACUGGAGGGGAGCUCAAACUCUCUGUGGACCAUUAGUCCACCCAGCAGGAAAAACUUGAUGCAGUUACUGAGUGAAGAUGACCAAUUUCCUGUUACCAUAUCCUGGUCCAUUCAGAGGAAUCUUAGUUUAGGGGCCGAAGCUGAGCUGGCAUCAGAUAAACAUGUGACCCAUCUUGAUAUGGAAACAAGAAAAGAUCUUAUACAGCUGUUAAAUGGGACAAGGAGAGAGGCAGUAAUAAUUGCCCACGUCUUCCCGAGUUUUAUUCGCGCUCCCAGCAACUCUAAUGCCAAACCAAUAGAUAAGCUUUAUGAAGAUGAUGAGUAUAUGAACAUUACUUUGGCACUGGAGAGGAGCCAUAAUACCACCUGGAGCAUCCAGGAGUGGUGGAUAGUGGACCAGGUUGCCAGUGGAAAAAUGAACGUGGGCAAAGGAUACAGAAAGAGCAAGCCGGGUCUAAGGCUGUACGUGUUCAGUGAUAAAGUCAGCCCACCCAGCUUGGGCUUCCUGGCAGGUUAUGGGAUCAUGGGUCUGUACGCCUCGGUGGUGCUGGUCAUCGGCAAGUUCGUGCGGGAGUUCUUCAGCGGCAUCUCGCGCUCCAUCAUGUUUGAGGAGCUGCCCUGCGUGGAGCGCAUCCUCAAGCUCUGUACCGACAUCUUCCUGGUGCGCGAGACGGGCGAGCUGAAGCUGGAGGAGGAGCUUUCUGCCAAGCUCAUCUUCCUAUACCGCUCACCUGAGACGAUGAUCAAGUGGACCCGAGGGAAAACACUGUGAGGCCUGCACUUAAGCGCUGUCUGCUGUCAGUGAGGAGUUCCCAUCGCCUUCUAGCACACAAAAUAAAGAUGUUGGCCAUGCUUGUUGACCGCCUCGUCUUUGGUGCUGAACACUGAUCGGAUUUCACUCCUUCUUACAGUAACUUGGGCUGUGCAAUAUAACGUAUGAAAGGAUGGCUACAGACGUGUUUGGGCAAACUGUUUAUUAUGAGCUCAUACUCGAACAAAGAACAGCAACAGACUGAGACACUUGCCACUUUUAAAAAGACUUUCUUGAACCUGGGAAUAUGGUUGUGGCUGUGAGUCAUCUUAUUUUUACUUGACUGGUCAAUGUCUUAUCUAUGACAUAUUUUUCUCAGGAAUAGAUAGUAAUCAUCUCAAAAGGAAAAGGUUUUAUACAGUGUCCACUGUGUCACGAAGAGGGACUGCGGAGAGAGGUUGUGGUGAUUAACUUGCUGUCGUUGCGUUUGAGCCAAGGGGUCUCAAUGAUCCCCAGAUGGAGGGCUCUCGAAGCACGGUUUUUAUCUUUGUAAGUAAAGCAAGCAUUGUUUUCUAUCCAAAUGAAACUGAGUAAAGGUUCAAACUAUGCAUUCAAGAAAUAUAGCAGGAAUUAUUAGCAGUGAUAAAGUCCUUUCUGUUCAGUGUACUUUUUAUAAAAUAAAGUAUGCAUUUAUCUCC